CAGAAUCAUAUACGUAUGGAAACUAGUUUUACUGGUGAGAAAAUUAUUGAAUAAAUUAAGCAUCCAUUCCCAUAACUUAAUCAGAAAGCAGGAAAGUCCCCAAACAGCAAAACAUACUAUUCAAUCAAUAUCAUGAAAUUAUAAAUUCACCUGUCGUGCAGGGAAUUCCGACCAAAUUGUUUUGAUCAGAUCAGACUCUUCUGGUCCAGUUAUUCUCAAACUUCAUAUACAGACACCAUUUCUUCAGCUUUUUCAUUACCCUCCAACUUUUCACGCUAGCUCCCAAGUUAAACCAUGGAAUCUACUGAUAAACCUAUAGCUUUACCACCAAAGGCUGAAGCUGCUCCACCAGCAGCAGCUGCUAAGUGCCCUUUCAACUAUUCUGUUGUUGAUGUUGCUCUUAGGGUCUUGUUGUUUGCUGCCAGUCUAAGUUCUGUGGUGGUCAUGGUUACUAGCAAGCAAACUAAACUGGUUCCUAUGCCAGGAUUCCCUACAGGUCCUAGGGUGACAAUUCCAGCCAAGUUCAAUCAUUCACCUGCCUUAAUAUACUUUAUAGCAGCAUUAUCCGUGACAGGCCUAUACAGCAUCAUCACAACUCUGGCAUCAAUUUCAAUCAUCCAGAAGCCUGCAUAUUCCAAAAGUUUCUUGCUUGUCUUUGCAUUCUUGGAUGUGGUGUUUGUAGGGAUUGUUGCCUCAGCGACGGGUGCAGCGGGGGAUGUUGGUUACAUCGGUUUAAAGGGUAACAGUCACGUUGGCUGGACCAAAAUAUGCGGUGUUUACGAUAAGUUCUGUCGACACAUAGGAAGCUCGGUUGCACUCUCGUUGUUUGCAGCCAUCCUGCUGGUGUUCCUCUCCAUGAUGUCAACCUUCACCCUUUACAAAAGGAUCCGUGACUAGACAGACUCAUGUCCAAAUUUGGGAAACAACAUUUGAGAGUGUUUAAUUUGUGUGUGUUUCAUCUUGAACUUGGUGGUAUAUUGUCAGCUGUAAAUGAUGUCUAGUUAUAUUUGUAACUAUUAUCUUUAUGUUGUUAAUCUGUUUUCAAUUUGUUUGUAUGUUCUCAUUGGUGUUACAUGUAGUAAUUGAAUUGAAUGACAUUUAAAUAUUCUUAUAAUUGAUAUUAAUGCAGUGGGAUAGUGCUAUUUGAGUA